AUGUCGUACCCCGUGGUGGUCAUCGACAACGGGACCGGCUACACCAAGAUGGGCUACGCCGGCAACGAGGAGCCGACGUACAUCUUCCCCUCCCUCUACGCCGACGGUGCCGCGGGGCGGCGUCGCUCGAGCGACGUCUUUGAGGAUCUUGACUUUUGCAUCGGCGACGAGGCCGCCGCGUGUGCGGGCUCCUGCAACUUAUCGUACCCCAUCAAACACGGCAUUGUGGAGGACUGGGAUAAGAUGGAGCGUAUCUGGCAGCACUGCAUCUACAAGUACCUCCGCGUGGAGCCGGAGGAGCACGGCUUCAUCCUCACCGAGCCACCGGCAAACCCUCCCGAGAACCGUGAGUACACGGCAGAGGUGAUGUUUGAAACCUUCGGUGUGAAGCAGCUGCACAUCGCCGUGCAGGGCACCCUCGCGCUACGGGCCUCGUGGACCUCUGGGAAGGCGCAGGAGCUUGGCGUUGCCGGCAAAGACACCGGCCUUGUGAUUGACUCCGGCGCCGGCGUCACACACGUCAUACCUAUCGUGGAUGGCUUUGUGCUGAACCAAGCGAUUCAUCACAUCCCGCUGGCGGGGCGUGACAUCACAAACUUUGUCCUCGAGCGACUGCGUGAGCGCGGCGAGCCCGUGCCACCCGACGACGCGUUGCUGCUGGCCCAGCGCAUCAAGGAGGCGCACUGCUACAUCGCCCGCGACAUCGCAAGGGAGUUCGACACAUACGACAGGGAUCUCCCCAAGUACAUCACGACGCACCGCGACGUGAACAGCAAGACAGGGCAGCCGUACACAGUAGAUGUCGGCUACGAAAAGUUCUUGGGCCCCGAGUUGUUUUUCCACCCCGAGAUCUUUAGCAGCGAGUGGACAACGCCGCUGCCGGAGGUUGUCGACAAGGCGGUGUGGUCGUGCCCCAUUGACUGCCGCCGCCCGCUCUACCGCAACAUUGUGCUGUCGGGCGGCAACACCAUGUUUCCAAAGUUCGACAAACGGCUGCAGAAGGACCUGCGCGUCAUUGUUGACCGACGAGCGAGGAAGAACAUGGCGGCGUCCAGAGACCCGAAUUGCCACAUCACGUACGAUGUGAACGUUGUGUCACACGAGCGGCAGCGGUACGCGGUGUGGUACGGCGGGAGCAUGCUGGGCUCGAGUCCGGAGUUCGCCGCCCUGGCCAAGACGAAGGCGCAGUACGAGGAGUAUGGGCCGUAUAUUUGCCGGCAGAACAACAUGUUUCACUCCGUUUUUGACUAA